GUGGUGCCGCUCCUUGUGACAGCCCCCGGCGGUGUUUGUGACGAAGCCACCGCCGCCGCUCAGGCCGCCAGAGAAGCGGCACCGGCACCGUCCCCGACCGACACCCCCCCCACCCCCAUCAAACAGCGCCUGCCUUCACAAAGCAAAGCUUGGGCAUCAGCGGCUCAGACUUUACUCUCCUCCCCCCUUUCCCCACCCCCUCCCCCAUUCCACCUGCUCUGAUUCAGCCGCAGGCAGGCAGCAGCCAGGCAGCCACUGGAUAAGAUGAGCGAUACUGGACUCUACUCGCUAGACGACAUGGACAUCUGCUCCGUGCCCGUUCCCGCGCCCCCCGAACGAGCCUCCGCCACCCGGCGGAGCCGAGGAUCUAGCGGAUCGACCAAGUCUACCUCGGGGAGCAAGUUACCGAACGCCAUCACCAUCGCCGUGUCCUCACGGACACUCUUCAACAUGGCCGAGGAAAGGGCUAUCUAUGAGACUGAUGGGCUGGAGUCCUACGUUAAGUUUCAGCAGGAACACGAGAACGAACCACUCAAGAAAGGAUUAGCCUUCGCCUUAAUGAAGGCACUGGAAGCUGUUAAUUUACGGCUACAUGAACUUUAUCCUGGGAGUGAUGAAGUAUUUGAUGUGGUUCUAAUGACAAAUAACCAUGCCCAAGUAGGAGUGAGGCUCAUAAACAGCAUCAAUCACUAUGGUUUGUCAAUUGAUAGAUUUUGUUUGACUGGUGGAACAAGUCCUAUUAGUUACCUAAAAGCAUAUCAAACCAACUUGUAUCUCUCAUCGGAUCCUGUUAAAGUAGCAAAGGCUCUAAGUGAAGGAAUCGCAGCAGCUACACUGUGUCAUCUGGACAAAGAUGCACAGCUCUCUGAGCAGCAAUUAAGAGUGGCUUUUGAUGGAGAUUCGUUUGUGACUCAAGAAUCGAAUGAGAAACCUUCAAAGAAUUAUCUGAUGGUUGAUUCGCCCUCUGAUUAUGAACCCAUGCAGCAGACUGGAAGAGGUGGAGCACCUGAACCAGGAAAGGGACCCCUCGUAGGAUUUCUGGAAGCAAUCGGAAAAAUCCAGAAAGGUUUCUAUGCCAAAAAUCAACGUAUGGAUUGCCCAAUUCGAGUAUACUUGAUCAUAAAAAAGGGCGGUUCAGCUGUUGGAUUAAAAGCAUUGAAGACAAUUCGUAGCUGGGGGCUGGAUGUUGACGAGGCAUUCAUCUUAUCUGGUUUAUCAGCAACGGUACUGUUAAAUAAAAUAUGCCCGCAUAUUUACCUUGAUGAACAAUCACUCCACCCAUGUAACGAGACAUCUGGUAUGCAAAGCAAGACUCGUUAAGGGAUGGGAUAGUUCUUUUCAUAGUUAUUCAUGUAGUUUUUACGAAUACCAACUGUACACAACAAGGAAAAUUAAAGCUACAUUACUGUA